AUGAAGUCGCUGUGGUAUUUGAGCUUCCUCUUGGGCAGCGCAACGGCCGCGCGGCUUGGGAAGCACGAGGAGGAGGAGGCUAGUUUCGCCGAUCAGCUGGAGGUUGUCGAGGAGGGCGAGCUGUCAGAUGACGAGUGGGCCGGCCCCACGGAACAACGACGAAAAUAUGUGAAAAGCAAGAUGGACAUUGAGCACCGAGUGGUGGACCAAUUUAUCCACAAGGCUGCUGACUUGCAGGAGGUGGGACUGGGUAAUCCCAAGGUGGCCUUCUUGUUUCUGACGAUGUCAGAUUUUCCAUGGUUGAAGGCAUGGGAGGCUUUCUUCCAAGACGCCUGGAAAAAGGAUUACUCCAUCUAUGUGCACCGUGCAGCGUUGAAAGAUGCUGCCCAACGGCAAGCACAGCCACUGCCACUGGCCAAAUACGGAGCCAUUGAGGUUCCUUGGGUCCAAACCGGUUGGUGUGCUCUCUUUGGCGUUGAGGUUGCAAGCUUGUUUCACGCCAUGCAGGACCCCGCCAAUCUGCAGUUUGUCUUUGUCUCUGAUUCCUCGGUCCCCCUGAAACCUUUCGCCUACGUGCACAAGGAGCUUGCCCUUAACUCCCCUGAGACCAGCAAGAUUUGCUUGGCCUCCGGGGCAUACUUCAAUAAAGCCAAGACGGAGUUUGCAAAGCAGGAAGCCAGUCAAGCCUGCGUCUUCCGCGACUUCCUUCGUGGAAUCAAUCCCAGGGCCAUGAAGCACCACCAGUGGGCGGUCUUCAGUCGGGCCCAUGCAAAGAUGAUCAUCCAAUAUGCCAAAGAAGCCUUGAAGAUUUACGAAGAUGUAUGGCUCCAGGCUGCCCCGGAUAUCAAGAACGCUGCUGAAGGCUGCAGUGAUGAAGCGGUGCCUUUGAUUGCUUUGCUACAUGCGUUAGAUGCCAAGGGGGAGAGCACAGGCAUGGGGCCAGGCAACACCUGGCUGGAUCUGACCCGCCUUGGCGUGGAGCAAAACUGCCUCACCUUCGUUCGCUGGCGAAACUGCUUUGUGGGAACCCAGCUGGAUCUCUCAACACCCUUUGCAGCUUUGAAAACUGUGUGGAACAACUUGAAUGAAGUGCUAAACUUGGACAACAUUGACCUUCAGAAGUCCGCAUUGAAACGCGAGUUGAACGGCUUCCCGCAUGCUUUUGACAACAUCACCGGCAGCUAUUUGGAGACUUUGAUGGACCAAAAUUUCAUGUUCGCGCGGAAAUUUCAUACAGGAGCUCAGGUCUUAGAGACCGAUCCCGACUAUGGGACCCUGUUCGGUGUUUUCACGCCCUUUGAUAAAGCGCCGGUGGAGGCUCAGCCUUUAGCCGAGGUGCUGCCCCGGUUGUGGUCCCGGCUGGACCUGGAGAAGGCCCAGAAAUCGCCUUGGAGUCGCUUGGAGAAGAGUGGCAAGCCGGGACCAUUGAAGCAGCCGCUCUUGAGCGGCUUUCGCGAGGCCUUCUUGAGUGAGAUGCUCUUGCUGCCCGUCUCUGCCGAGGAUGCUGGCGUGUUUGCGCUGCAUCGAUUGGCUGCUUGCAGAGAGGGAAGCAGCAGCCGUGCAGUACCCUCACGACGGCUUGGCCUUUUCAGUUCAGCGUUGAGCCGGCUAGGCCUAAUUCUCGACAUGGGGUACCAUGUGCUGAGUGCACUGGCGAUGUACUUGGGGCUCUUAGCCAGGCCCUUGCAUUGUGCUUUUGGCUACCACUACCAGGAAAUGAUGCACAAAGGGCUAGAGGAUAGAGCGGAGAUUCAUUUGGAGUACAAGACUGAAGAGGGCGUUGUUUCUGGCUUACUCUCACGAGAUCGUCAUACAUGUGGCUGGGUGGGGGAAGAAUUCCUUCUUCAACUGAAAGGUUCAGAGUCGGAGUUCGUUUUUUUGACUGUCACAGGCUAUCACUUGAUCAACUUGAUGUUCUAGCUUCAAAUAGACAUGGCAUGUCAUAGUCUUAUGUUCAUUUCCCUGCAGGGCAGUUUGCGCGUCACAAAGUUGCUUGCACAGCUUCUGAACAUUCAGGGAAAAGUGCUCGAAGAUUUUGCCUUUGAGCAGAGCAAGUCUGAAACAACUCAAGCACUGCUGGAUAUGGCCCUGCUGAGCAAGUUUCAAGAACACAGCCAUCAUGCGUCACCUUUCUGUCUCGCGGCUUAUCAUUGACACCUACAAGCUCGGACAUGCCCAGACGCUCUAGCUCACCUUCGAUGAAAUCAGGCGUUCCGCCGCGAAUGCCUGUGCUUCGUCAUGCAUUUGAUCUGAAGCAAUUCUGGCAGCCCUUGAAGGAAGUUCUCAGGAGUGUGGAUGUCCAGCGGCAAGGUGGAAGAAGCUUCCAGAUGGAAGUUCUACAGUCUUCAAUAGUUACAUUCACAUCAAGAGAAGAUGAGGUUGAGACCCACUUUCUGCUGCACUUCCGUAUUCCUCCUCAAGCAGAAGCUUCUCUACAAAGAUCGGUCAGCUUGCCUUGAACAUUGGCCAGCUGGAUGGCUCUCGUCGUUUAGGACAGGAUGAGCUGGCAAGGAUCCAAAGGAUUGGCGGCACCAUGACCUGGCCAAGACAGAAAUCCCUGUGGUUUUGUGCUGCCAGCAGUCCAGCGUGCGAAAAGAGGUCUCUGUGAAUGAACAUGUCACUUGAGAUAUCUUGAGAUCUCUUGAUAGAAAAAGUCUAGGUUCUGAGACUACUGGUGGGUAGCAGCAGGUCAUGUGAAGGAAUGAUCUUUUUCCCCAAACCGCAACCGGAUAGUUUUGC